AUGGCGACCCAAACCCAAGUCAUGGAGAAGGUGGCGCUACCUGCUAUCAUUCUCACCGACACAGAACAGCCGCAGCCAGAUUAUCCAACCAACAUGGAGCUGGAAUCCAGUCCAUAUCCAAGUCAUCCGAUCACUCAACUCCAAGGACCCUUUCAAGAAUCAAUUCUCGAAGCAACCCACAAAUCAGCGAAUGAGUGGGUAGUGGAGAUCGACGCGCAGACACGACGUCGGGAUUUAUUAGAAAAUGAUGAAUACGAAAGACUCUGCGGACGAAAAUGGCGCCAAAGGGAAUCCGAGAAAUAUCAUCCAUUCUGGAAGCUGGUCUCCCAAAUGGUAUUCGGCGUUCAUCUGCUAGCGAAAGGAAUGGCCAAAUCAGAUCAAGAAGUGAUGAAAAUCCUUCAAACCCACGUCGACGAACUAGACGGCUUCUUGCAACGAAGUACAGAAGAUUUCCUGAUUAUCCACCUGGACGUUCGUACUAGAAUCCAGUAUCUCAGCCUGCCCCUUGGCAAUCUGGAGAUGUUUGAUGAGAUGUUAUCCGAUCGGAAUUUUAGAUUGGCCCUGGUGGCCUACAAUGAUCAGAUCGAGCACUCCAUUGAUCGAUUUAUGCUUGCUAUCUCCGACGCCAUUAAGGACCUUCUAAAGGGGAAAGAGGCGAUGGGCGCGCUUUGGCAUUAUCUUCUUCAACUUUCGGACGAGGGCUCUUUUCAGUCGGAGAGUCUUAAGGCUUUUUAUAAGGCUAUGAUGGAAAAUAUGGAGGGGUGGAUUAUUGCUAUGUCUAAAUUACGCCGACGUGGUGCAGCUCUUCAGAAGGGACUCAGUCAACUUGCUUUUGCUGUUACUGAGAUGCAACGACGAGUGGGCGUAGCAAGCCGAAAAGACCUGCGAUCAUUCAUAAAAUCGACCCACGGCGGCCUGAGCCGAAAUAAGUCGGUCAGACAAAUGCUCUUUGCAAAGGGCCCGACAACUCCAGGCAUCGCAUCAAACAAACCACUACCACGCGAUCCUCUCCAGAAGCCAAAGUCAACAUCAGCAUCUCAACGAGUCGCGACGCCUGCAACUCCUGCAGAAAAAGCCGACGAUAACGCCGAACAAAGAAUCCCGAAGAGAACUUCAAUUCUACCGAAAUCUCUCAGCCGAGCCAGAUCAUGCAGUGCAUUAGUCGCAGCCGCCAACGCUGAUAUCAAAACAGACGACACCCCACCACCACCGCCUCCCAUGCCCAUACCUGGCAGACUAAGCAGAAAGCUAUCGAAACCAUUCCUACCCAAACGCUCCGCCAGUGAAAAGGUCGCGGGAACUCAAACACCACCACAAAGACCAUCUACAGCCCCAGCCCGCACUCUCAAAUCCCGCAGCGCAUCAAUCGAACAAUUGAAAACUCUCUGGGCCAAUGGACGCCCACGAACACAGCAAGGAAUGGCCAUGACCAAUACCAAUAACAACAAAUCACCCACCCGAUCCCGACCACAGACUUCCUCACAACGUCCACCCGCCGAUGGAACCGGAGCCGAAACAAUGAAAGAUCAAAUAUCCCAAUUCCUCAAGACAGACCGUGUAGUCGAAGCCUGGGACAAUAUCACGCAUAAAGCAAAUUGCUGCGGCAAUUCACUCUCCAGAACGAGAGAAUGGCCCAGUUCCAUUUUCCGCGCUAAGUCUUCUGAAAACCUACAAGCUGAGAACAAGGGUGGUGAUGCGCAUCUAUCAUCCGAAGAUCUGGAAAGACAAAUGUCCUGGGUUCAGGAGCCGGAAUUCCUGAAUACGUACUCUUUCAAGAGACGGCCGGAUGUGUCUCCUCGGAUUCACGUUUUGUCUGUUCAAAUGGCUCUGGAUGAGGAGAUUGAUAAUAUCAAUGGUCUUGGUAUUCAAAAUGAUGGCCAAAGAUCAACUGGCGGAACUGGCGCAGAAGAAGAGAUUCGUGAUUUAGCAGGGGAUUCUGGUUCUAUUAUUACUGCUUUGCCGGCUGUGCCGCCACCAACGCCGGCGUCUAUUCCUUCUCUUGCGGCAGAGUAUCAACCUCGGACGGUUGAAUGUGCUCAUUGA